AUGGCGGACGGUACAAAAGAAGAUGGCGAUCUUACUGUGCAAGAUAUCAAUGGCAACAAAGAAGAGGACAUAAAGAACCUUCAGACUGCAAUCGAACUGGUCAAGCGUGAUCGAGAGGUCUUCGAGAAGAAGUUGAAUGAGUUGCGAGGCGUGUUUUAUGAAGAACACGAAAAUCUUGAUCUUGAAGUUUCUGAGAACGUUCAAGGAAUUGAACCGAAAAUGUACGGUUCCAAUGAGAUUCGGAAACGGUCUUCUCAACCAAACCAAGAGAAUGAAAUUCCCGACAAAUUUUCGAAAGUAAGAGACGGUGUUCAAGAACUAGACCAAAAGAUGUAUAAUUUUGAAACUGAGUCGAUACAUGACAAGAGAAGCACAGAGGAAAUGGGGGCGAAAAAAGGAGUAAUCGAGUUGUUCCCUAGCAAUCAAGACGUGGAGAAAAAUACGGAGAAGUUUACGGAUGAGUCUGGUGACUUUGGUAGUCUUUGGGAUGACUAUACCUGCCAUCUUGGAAUUUCUGCAACUGUUGAAGAGUAUAUGAAGGCCACGGUGAAUGGGAUGCAGAAAAAAUAUGAGCUGAUGCAUUUGAAAGAGGCUCCAAAAGAGCCUGAUCAGUCCAAUGAUCAAACUGAAGUUGGUUUCUAUACAAAUAUUGAAGAAGUGGAACAAGAAAUGGGUGAACAGACGAGAAAAUUAGGAGAAAAUGGAGACAACGAAGAACAAGGUGGGGUGAACAAAUCAAAUGUGCCGUGGAUCGUUGGGGAUGAUGUUUCUGAUGUUCAGGGACUGGAAUUUGACAAAAGCAGAGGAAAAUUCACAGGAGAAAACAAAGAAGUGAUGAAAAAGGAUUUAGAUGAGAAGCAGAAAAAGACUACUCGGUUGGAUGAAAAAUCUGAGGCCUUAGAACUGAUAUCAAAACAAAUGGUUGAUCUCGAGACUGAGAUCGCUAGCCUGCAAGUUGAUCUUAUGUUUUUGGUGCAUGAAAAGGAACAAUUGGAAGAGAAGUAUGUACUGCUGAAAUCAGAACUUGUAAAGCUGAAGGAGGAUAAUUGUGAGAAGGAAUUAAAGAUUUCCAAUCUUGUGAAGAACAGUGUCGCUGCUCUACUGGCAGAACCAGUUGAUCGUGAUCUGAGAGGCAAAUUUCAAAGCCAAAUGAAGAAAAUCAUAGCAAAACUGGAGUCAACACUGGAUCAAUCAGAGAAACUGCAACCGGUUGAUCGUGAUCGGAGAGAUAAAUUUCAAAGCCAAAUGAAGAAAAUCAAAGCAAAACUGGAGUCAACACUGGAUCAAUCAGAGAAACUGCAACCGGUUGAUCGUGAUCGGAGAGACAAAUUUCAAAGCCACAAGAAGAAAAUCAAAGCAAAACUGGAGUCACCACUGGAUCAAUCAGAGAAACUGCAACCGGUUGAUCGUGAUCGGAGAGACAAAUUUCAAAGCCAAAUGAAGAAAAUCAAAGCAAAACUGGAGUCAAAACUGGAUCAAUCAGAGAAACUGCAAAUGUUGAAUGGUGUUGCAUCAAGGGGGAAUUCGCAGGAUGCAGAGAAUAUCACGAAGGUAUUGAAGCGGAUCGCUGUUGUCACUGCUCUGUUUUGCCUCAGUAUCUUGAAGGCAAAUGCACGGAAGAGCAAGAAGUGA